CGUCAUUUAUUUCCUCUAUUUACUUUCGGUUUCGUUCGCUUCUACUUGAUAGCAUGAAACCUAUCCCCCGACGUGAUAUUUAGUCAAUAUAGAACCAGAAUGGAUCUUCAACACAUAAAAAGGCUAGAGGAAGAACAAAAGUUGGCGCUUUCAGAAACUGACAGAAAAAUAAAGCAAUGGGAAGCAUUUAGGUCCGACUAUGAUGCCCUGAGGAACACACUUACUACAUUGCCAGACAAAAUAACACAUGAUGUCAUGGUACCAUUUGGGCCUUUAGCAUUUAUGCCUGGAAAACUGGUUCACACAAAUGAAAUACUUGUAUUGCUUGGAGACAACUGGUUUGUAGACAGGUCCGCUAAGCAAGCAACAGAAAUCAUAGGAAGGAGAAUAAAGACUGUACAGAAACAAAUAGAAGAAUUACAGGCUCAGAAGCAUCUUCUGGAACCCAGACUGGAGUUCACAAAGAACCUACCAGGAGGAUCUGUGAAUGAAGAUUAUUUUGAAAUAACAGAGGAGUAUAAUCCAGAAAAGGAAAACCUGUGGAGAGAGGAACACAGGAAAAGCAUACAAAGACAAAGAAAUCAGGAGAAAGCAGAGAGAGAAUCUGCGGAGAAAAAUGCAGCUCAGACGGAUGAAGACAUCUGGAGGAGACUGGAUGACUUGGAAAGGCAGGAAGCAGAAGGUCGGGAACUUCAAAGAAUUUCAGAUGAAGCAUCCUCUACCGACACACAUUUCAUAGAGAAAUUACAUGAGGACUCAUUGCCUCCAUCUUCCCCACCACAAAGAACGAGGAGGGUUCACUUUAAGGAGGAGGAGUCAGAGUCAUCCUCCAUGGAGGAAUCUGAUGAAGACAGUGAUGUUGUGGACAGUGAUGAUUUUACUGAUGAAAGUGAUGAAAAGGAUGAUGAGAGGCAGGGGAAGAUUAAAUCACAGGUCAUCAACUUCACACACUCUGGAGCAGAGCAGAGACUUCAACAACAAGUGGAAACACAAUCAGAAGUAAAAAGUCCCAGGGAUAUUUACAGACUCUGUAAAACAGAAACAAGAUCCAUUCUUAAAUCCAGUGAUGAAGUCAGGAAAGUGAAAGUAAAGAAGAAAUCUGAUAAGCAGCGGGCCACAUUUACUGACUCUGCAGUGCCAACAGCAUUUUCUGGUUUAGUUGUUGAGAAGAAGAUACCAGAGUCUACACCAAGUUUUCCAAUAGAACACUCAAUGAAGAAACCAGAUCCCACUCCAUUAGGGGAAAUCCAGCAGCCAGAACGAAUAUCAAAGUUCAAAGCGCAGCGCCAAAAGUCAUCCAACACUUAAUUCUAGACUUAAUGCUCAAAUAAUAAAGGAUUUAAUGAGCUUUU